UACAGAGGCUGGGCACAAAACAGUAUAUAAGCAGGAAUCAACAAUCCUCACACACAGCAGGAAUCAACAAUCCUUUGGGACUCAGGCUCACAGAACUAGACCUAAACAACCCAGCAGAAAACUCUGUCCCACCAUGAACGGCAAACUUGUAGCUGUCCUGGCUCUUUUCCUGAUCUCAGCAGCUGUAUCUCAAGGUAGGACUCUUGCCAGGAUGGGAACUGAGCUCCGGUGCCAGUGCAUAGCCACUCAUUCAAGGUUCAUUCCCCCAAAAUCCAUUCAAGAUGUGAAGCUGACACAGAGCGGCCCCCACUGCAAGAAUGUUGAAGUCAUAGCUACUCUGAAAGACGGCAGAGAGGUGUGCUUGGAGCCCACUGCUCCCUGGGUACAGCUGAUUGUAAAGGCAAUUUUGGCCAGGGCUCAACAAAAUUCUGACUCUCCUCUCUAAGACACACUGGGACAGAAAAAAAUCUGGGAACUGCUUCUACUCGUCUCUCAAGGGAAAUGUUUGGGAAAAGCAUCAUUUAAGCAGUGCACCAUCUUCCACAUGCUGCAUCAGUGUUAUGAUGUUAAUUAUGGAUGGUUUUAUUUAUUUAUCUAUUUAUUUAACUGUGUGUAUUGAAGGACGUCUUUCACAAUGGUCAAUGUUGUCAAUGGGACAUGCUGCCCAUGACACUGAAGGAAAAGUGGUUUGCUGAAGGAGAUUGAGAACCCUUGGCAGCCACUUUAGCCAAACCUAUGCAGUGAGGUGCAAUGCACCUGCAGCACAGCUUAUUUACACUAAGCCCGAUAAUUUUGCUAUUUCACCAGCAAACUGAUGAAUCCUCCUGCUCCCCUGGAGUGCACCAGUAUGUUGUGUCAACAACAGCUUCCUGAACCACGGUCAGCCUGUGGCAAGACUGUGAACUGUAAUGUCUAACUUGAAAAUCCUAACCUACAGAAUGUGUAAGACUAUUUUAUAUUUAUGUAUUGUGAUUUCUAUGGUAUUUAUAAAUGUAUUUAUUGAGCAGUUUCUAUGUAAGAAAGAGAACAAUUAUAAUUUAUUUAAUUUCUACUGGAUUCUUCAUUCCUGCUGUUCAUUUCUGGAGAAAUAUAUGUAGUCUCAUUACUCUGUACUUGAUUGUAUGUCUCAUUAGCCACUCCAUCAGCUAAUGUAAAAAACUGUAUUUUACAUACAUAGAGUUUGAUUGUGACAGUGUAAUUAUUCCUAUAAAUGUACUAUUAAAAGUUUUAUAUUA